AAGGCUGCAGCCAACCAACAAUUAUUUUCACUAUCACUACAUCUGACAAUUAUUUUUCUUUAAUAAUUCAUUCAUUGUUCAGUCAACAAAAUGUCAGAAAAUAGUGGAAACUGUCCACUACUAUUCCCUGAAGCCCAAAUUAACAUUCAACUUGCUUUUUUUUUUGUCUGACCAACAGUCAAACGACCCAAAAAUAUUGGAUGUGCUGUGGUAGAAAACCACUAAACUAGCAAAUACUCACUUUUGAGAGGCUGGCACCAGUGAAUCUUUGGCAUUUUUUUCCUGAAAAAAAUUAUCUACAUUUUUGCCUGAUCUGUGUUUAGGGGAAUAAUGAAACUACCAUGUAUAAUGGGGCUCAACAAUAAAUUUUUGCCCCAGGACCCCCUAGGUGGUUAAUUGUUGGUAUUUCUGACAGAAUUAAUGUAACUAGAUUAAAGUCAGUAUUGACACCAAUUCAAUACACUGAAUUGGUGCAUCCCUAAUGAAACUGUCAUCAUUUAAUACCUUUGGCUGACUAUUACACCAUUGAUGCUGAUGCUGCUAAUAAAUUCAGUUCAAUUCAAUUCAAUUCAAAAUGAAUCUGUGAUCCAAGAUUUUAGCCAUUUUGUCCAGGUAUACCCCCCCCCCAUACUUGCACAAAUGAGCACACAGAUACACACAGAGUACAAAGGGCCUCAGCAGGAGUACACAACUUUUAAACAGAUUAAAGAAAAUAGGUUACAUUUUUACCAGACAGACUCUGGUAAUUAUACCUGUCUGGCACUGAAUUUUGUUGUUCUGCUCAUAGAAACAUUUACCAUACAUGUGCCAGGUCUCUUAUUAACCAUUAAUAACUGUGUGUAUGGUCACUUGUUUUUAUCAUGCAAGCACACGUGAUGAGAUCAAAGGCCUUGCAGCAGGGACUUUCUGAGGGAAACAGCCACAACCUGGCACAGCAGGAGAGUUCAUAGCCUGGGCAAAACGUUUUCAAGGACUGUGCAGAGCUGGUGAAUCGAUCAUGCCCCCUGCAGCAGCAACCAAUUUAGGCUACACCCCACCAGAUGGAGGCUGGGGCUGGGCUGUCGUCUUUGCUGCUUUCAUCUCCAUAGGAUUUUCCUAUGCCUUUCCCAAGUCACUCACCAUCUACUUUAAGGAGAUUCAGGAAUAUUUUUCGGUUUCCUACAGUGAGAUUGCCUGGGUGUCCUCAGUCAUGCUUGCUUCUAUGUAUGCAGGAGGACCUGUGAGCAGUGUACUUGUCAACCGCUAUGGCAGCAGACCUGUGGUUAUGGUCGGUGGGCUAAUGGUUAGUGCUGCCAUGGUUCUCGCCUCUUUUGGCACCACUAUCAUUCAUCUGUAUCUUUGUGUUGGAGUAAUUGGAGGUUUUGGCCUCGCCUUCAACCUGCAGCCGGCCCUGACCAUCAUAGGCACCUACUUCCAGGUCAAAAGGCCGCUGGCGAAUGGGCUCGCUAUGACAGGGAGUCCAGUUGUUCUGUCCACUCUGGCUCCUCUUAAUCAGUUUCUGUUUGAUUCUUUUGGCUGGAGGGGGAGCUUCCUCAUCCUAGGAUCUAUUGUUUUGAACUGCUGUGUGGCUGGUGCUCUGAUGAGACCAGUCAAGAAAAAGUGUAACGGGGCAGCUGCUGAGGACACCGGUGCUCAGUUGUCUAACCUCCUAACUGAAGAGAGCCCAAGUGAGAGCAGGAGUCAGAGCUGCAUGCACAAGUUCAUAGAUUUCUCACUUUUCAAACACAGGGGCUUCCUCAUUUAUCUCAUUGGUAAUGUGGUCAUGUUUUUUGGCUUUUUCGCACCUGUGGUUUUUCUGGCGCCCUAUGCCAAACAUCAAGGGAUUGAUGAAUAUUCAGCAGCUUUCUUGCUUUCCACUUUUGCUCUGGUGGACAUGUUUAUCAGACCAGCAACUGGCUUCAUUGGCAACACCAAGUGGAUUAGGCCAAGGAUCCAGUAUUUCUUCAGUUUUGCUGUAUCAUACAACGGUAUAUGUCACCUUUUGUGUCCACUGGCACCUGGAUAUGUAGGUCUGGUCGUUUAUGCUGUCUUCUUUGGUUUGGCUUUUGGGAUGGUUUCUGCGUUGCUCUUUGAAGCUCUGAUGGACAUUGUUGGAGCUCAUCGCUUCUCCACUGCAGUUGGACUGGUCACCAUAAUUGAAUGUGGACCGGUGCUUCUUGGCCCACCCAUCUCAGGCGCGUUGGUUGAUAUUUUCGGAGAUUACAAAUACAUGUAUUAUGCAUGUGGUGUGUUUAUGCUGGUGCCUGGUAUAUUUUUCUUCAUCAUGCACUACUACAACUACAAGAAACUGGACGAGGAGCAGAGGCAGAGUGUGACUGUGGAGAUGAGGACUUCUAAAGACACUUUAGAACUUAAAAUGAGCCAAGACGAUAAAACAGCACAUGAAACAGAUGGAUGAACUUGCUGACUAUGAGUUGAUUUUAAUGGGUGUAAGGGAGAUGACACGGGUUCUACUGCAGGACAUAGUGUAUACAGGCUAUUACUGAUAAAAAUUAUUUUCUAUUUUUGAUGAGGUUAUUGGACUCUUUGGACUUUUGGUCUGGAGAUGGAGAUGAACAUUUGGUAUUUUAAUAGUUAUUUUAUGUAUGUUGUUAUUAUUAUUACAUUAUGUGACAACUGUAACUCUAAUGACCUUUGUUCAUCAAUCAUCUAAAACUGCCCCUGUUCCUUUCAGUACAAUUAUCAUAAUGGCUCUAUAAUAUGGUUCCUCUUGGUUUAUUUAGUGACUGAAUAAAAAGUAAUUUUCCUGAGGGACUGAUAUAAAAUAAUGAGUCAAAACCCUGAACAUAGAGCCAUACCACUGCUGUUUAUUGUCAUCUUCGUACCACUAGAUGGCACUGGACACUAUCGUGUGAGAGCUGGUCAAGGUGCAGCAUCUCUCCUAUUAAACUGCAAUUAAACUAAAGCCAUCUUCAUUGAGAGUUUAGUUCAUUGCAGCAUUGCUUUCUAAAGCUUGAGUCAUGACCUUCCCAUGGGCAGCUAGAAAUUUUAAAUGGGUCACCAAGGGCGCCGCAAUUAAAAAAUGAGAAUGUUAAAUGCCUAGUGUAAAGAACAGGCUUUCUCUCUUGAAAUACCUUCCCAGAAAUCGCCUGGCCAAAAAUUUAAAUCUUAUUUUCAGUGAAAAAUUCUAUAUUCAUUCCUUAAGUUUUAUUCUACAAUAAAAUACAUUUUCAGCGUCA